AUGGCUACUGCAACGCCAAACCAGAAAAAGAUCCUCAACGAACAGAGAGACUGGGAUGUCUGGUACGAGGACUUCGUUAGUAUCGUACCUCCCUCUCUCUGGAGGUGUAUCGACCCCGAAAACCCGAACCCUUUGCCUCUUCAGGUGCAUCCAGUGGCACCAACCUUCGAGAGCGUGCAAGCAGGGAUCAAUUCGUACGCCGAUUUAGCCGCCAACAAUCAACGCGUCUACCUGCAAUUCUCAAGCAUCUACGAACGAGAGAAAAAGGAAUAUAAGGAGCAGGAGGAGAUGAUCAGGGAUUUGAGAGAUCACAUCAGGAAGACCGUAUCCGAGACCAAAAAGAUCCCCUGCGAGCUACUCAACCCCUACGAGAAUAUGCAACGAAUGGUCACCGACUCGUAUAACAAGGUCCUGUUAUCGAAGCGGAUCAUCCGCUCAGAGAGGCAGGCUUACGAUUUCAUCCAAGAUUGGGAGAGGGUUAUGGCGGAUGCGACACACCAUCGGAUCCCUAGUGUGUUCCAACCGAUGUUUUGGAUCAAGGAUCUGGCAACAGCCAUCUACGGAUUUUCGCCCGAUUUUGCGAACAAGCUCAAUAUGGACUUUGUCCACAACCAGGAAGAAGCACCUGAGUAUCUGGAGAUCAGCAAGCGAUUCCAGACCUGGAUAGCAAUGCAAGAAGCUGGCAACCGUGGAGGUGCCCGAAGACCUCAAAGAGGAGUGGCUCUGCAAGCUGAUGAGAGCGCUAUCAAGAAAGAGACCACGGGCAGAGACUUCUUCUGGCGAUACACCUCGUCGGAAGAGAUCUAA